UCCUUCUUCAGGUAGGUCUCCCUUGUACGUCAAGAACUCACGGGAAUGAAGCUGGCCGACUUGUUGUUUCACGGGAAUCAAGUAUCAUUUGUGGACCAAAUUUUGAGAGCGAAAUGAGUAUAUUUGCUGGCUGGAUCAAUCAGAACAUUCAACAGCCUCCUAAGGGCGAGUCCGAGAGAUAUGAGGAUGAUAAAUCUAACUCGGGGUCAGAAAUGGAUACUAAUGGUACCGAAGAUGAAGAGAUUAAGCAACUAAUUCUUUGGAGUAAUGCAGAGAAGAAGCAUCCAUGGUAUGAUCCUCCUCCAAAGGUGAAGGUGACAAUGAAAAAAGGUGUUUGCCAUUUGAACAUAGAAUUGACAUUGGGAGUGCCUCCUGAUGGAGCAUACGAACUUUUUAUUAAUCCAACUGACGUACCAUUCUUUGUCAUCGACAACUCGGGGCGCCAACUUCUGAAAAACAAAUCAAGAAAAGUUUUGAAGAAAGAUGGACCAAGGCAGAUAGUGAAGGUGGUGAAAGCUGUGGCAUGGGACUUCCUUUGGUGGUCAGGAGCUCUCCCCUUUAGUUUAGUUGUCGAAGAAAACAAAAAAGAUCUUGAAGCAAAAUAUAAGAAGGAGGAAAUGAUGUUCAUGAAAGUGUUCAAAGGUAGCUGGAAAAUAGAACCACUAUAUGUAGAUUCAGCACGUUUGUGCAAGCAAAUGAAACCGAAAAAUCGAGAAGAAUACAAAAAAUGUAGUGGCGGACAAGGAAAGAUUGCAUCAAAAGUGACAAUGGACCAAUAUUUUCAGCCAUGUUUUCCUUUCAAUCUUCCACCGCUUUCAUGGUACAUUCGUAAGAUCACCAUCAAGACAACCAAAACUUUACUCAAAAUGCUUCAAGAGAGGGCUACUAUACUGCGAGAGUUGCCGUAUUAAUUCUUAGAAAGAACUCAAUGCUCUUUAUAUAUUUUAGCACAUUCCAUUUUUUUACUAUUUAAUAUCAUAAUAUUGUUAUUUGUUUC